AUGGUUCUUGACCGACUCCAACAGUUGACUCACCAAGUCAACGCGACUGCUCCUCCUCCUCAUCCCUUCGACCCCCUCACAGCCAGAGAGAUCGACGCCGCGGUGGCUCUCAUUCGUAUGGAACAUGGCUCGGUCAACUUCAAUGCCGUCACACUAUAUGAGCCUCGUAAGGCUCAGAUGAUGGCUUGGCUAUCAAACCCAGAAACUGCUCCUCGUCCUGCUCGUGCGGCCGAUGUCGUUGCGAUCGCACCCGGCGGCAAGGUCUAUGACGGAAUUGUGAAUUUGGACGAGAAACGGAUCGUGCAAUGGGAACACACUCCGAAUGUUCAACCUCUGAUCACUAUGGAGGACCUGCAGGAGGUCGAAUUUAUUGUACGCAAAGACGCCAAAGUUAUCGAGCAAUGUGGUAUUAUUGGUAUUCCCCCAGAGGACAUGCACAAAGUGUACUGUGACCCUUGGACAAUUGGUUAUGAUGAGCGAUUUGGUACCGAGGUCCGAUUACAACAAGCGCUUAUGUAUUAUCGUCCUCACGUUGACGAUUCCCAAUACACAUAUCCAUUGGAUUUCUGUCCCAUCUUCAAUGCAGAGACGAAGCAAAUUAUCCACAUCGACGUUCCUUCGGUACGAAGACCCCUCAACAAAGCGCCACCAAAUAAUUACCUUCCCGAGGCUAUAGAAAAGGAAGGUGGAUUUCGCAAGGAUAUCAAACCAAUUCACAUCACUCAGCCCGAGGGCGUCUCAUUCGAAGUCAGCAAUCGUACUAUUGAUUGGCAAAAUUGGAAUAUCCAUGUCGGUUUCAACUACAAGGAGGGUAUUGUGCUGAACAACAUUACAUUCAAUGACAGAGGCAAUGUACGUCCAGUCUUCUACCGUCUUUCGCUGGCAGAGAUGGUUGUUCCAUACGGUAACCCGGAGCACCCACACCAGCGGAAGCAUGCCUUCGAUCUAGGUGAGUAUGGUGGUGGAUAUAUGACGAACAGUUUGUCCCUUGGUUGUGAUUGCAAGGGUUCGAUUCAUUAUAUGGAUGCUGCCUUUGUUAAUCGUGCUGGCGCAUCUACUAUCAUCAAGAAUGCUAUCUGUAUUCAUGAGGAAGAUGCUGGUAUUUUAUUCAAGCACACUGAUUUCCGUGAUGAGUCUACGGUUGUGACUCGCGGCCGAAAGUUGAUCAUUUCACAUAUCUUCACUGCUGCUAAUUACGAGUACUGUGUCUACUGGAUUUUCCACCAAGAUGGUACUGUUCAGCUCGAGAUCAAACUCACUGGCAUCUUGAAUACUUAUUCUCUGAACCCCGGGGAGGACACCCAUGGGUGGGGUACUGAAGUGUAUCCCGGUGUCAAUGCCCACAACCACCAGCACCUAUUCUGUUUGCGCGUUGAUCCCAAUAUCGAUGGACCUCAGAACACCAUUUUCCAGGUUGAUGCUGUACAAGGGCCUGGUGAACCCGGGAGCGAAGAGAACCCUUACGGCAAUGCCUUCUAUGCCAAGAAGACAAAAUAUACUACGCCAUUGGAGGCUAUGUCUGACUACAAUGCAUCCACAACUCGUACCUGGGAAAUGGCAAACACGAACAAAAUCAACCCUUACAGUAAGAAGCCAGUCUGCUAUAAGCUUGUCAGCCGCGAAGUUCCUCCUCUGCUACCAAAGAAGGGCAGUCUGGUCUACAAGCGUGCUGGAUUUGCCCGCCACGCAGUGCACGUUACUAAAUAUUCUGAUGACGAAAUUCAUCCGGCCGGGCGGCACGUCCCUCAGACCUCUGGUGAACCAUCGAAUGGAUUACCAGCUUGGAUAGAAGCUGCCGGGCCUAAUUGUUCCAUUGAAAAUACGGAUAUUGUCUUAUGGCAUACUUUUGGGUUGACACAUUUCCCCUCGCCAGAGGAUUAUCCGAUUAUGCCCGCAGAGCCUAUGACACUUCUUCUUCGCCCUCGCAAUUUCUUUGAUCGAAAUCCCGUUCUUGACGUUCCACCUAGCUAUGCACGAUCCCCAUCACAGAUUUUAUCUGGAAAUAGUGAUUGUGGGUGUCAGAAAAAUGAUGGAUCUAGUAUUUUAGUUUGA